AAUGGACGUCAUAGAUGACGUCGAUAAAGCUGGUGAUAAAAUCAAACAACUUCUUCGCGAACUUAGCUCCGCAAAUGACGAAUACGUGAAAGAAAAGGGUUUAGAACAAGCUAAUGAAAAUCAUGAAGAAAUUCGUAGACUUCGGGAGCGUAACAACUUUUUUCAAAACAAAAAUGCCGAUCUGGAAGAAGUUAUUGAUAAACUAAAGACUGAACUCACUAAAGCCGAAUUCGAACGCAGAUCCAUGCAAUCGGAAGUGGAUCAUCUCAAAAAAAAGGCUGCAAAUGAAUCAGAUGAAAUUAAGGAAAUUCGCCAUAGGAAUCAAUUUCUUGAGAAAGAAAAUGCAUCUUUUCAAGAACAGUUAGGCAGUUAUCAAUCUAAAACUAAAGAUGCUGAAAGUAAAGAAAGACGUGAAAGUCGACGUGUUCUUGAUCUUGAACGAAAACUUGCUCAAUGUGUCGAUGAAAAGAAUGAGAUAGAAAGAAGAAUACAAAGACAGAGAAACUUUGAAGAAGAGAAGGAAAAGCAAAUUAUCAAACUAGAAAAAAAUGUCAAAGAAAAGGACGAUGUCAUAGCUAAUCUAUGUCGUUCUAAUAAAGAAUUGACGGAGAAAAUGAAAGCUUCCGAAGAGGAGUCUUUUCGACUUGUUGAGACUCAUAAAAAGAGAGAUAGUCAAAAAAUAGGUGAACUUGAAAUGAAAAUAACAGACCUAGAAAAUAACUUAAAAAAACAAUCACAAGAACAGUCAAUGGCCUUAGAUAAGAAGAGAAUUGAAGAAGAUCGCGCCGCCUUUCGCUAUCGAAUAACUGAAGAAAGAAAAUUAAUGGAAAGAGAAAGAUCUCGAAAAGAAGAAUAUAUCGGAAAAUUUCAUGAUAAGAAAAAGCAGCUUGAAGAUUAUCAAAAGGAAACGGAGAAGAAAAUCCUUCUCCUUGAAAGAGAUAACGAAAUAUUAAAACAAGAGGUUGACAAGUUUAAAUCUCAGACGUCUUCGUCUCAAUCGCAACUCGAAGAUUUGAAAAAGCGAUUCAGUACUAUAAGAAAGGAUGCUGAUGAAAAAAAAUUAGACACGAGAGCACAAAUUCAGAGUUUAAAGGAAGAUAAACAAGCUCUACAGAGUGAAUUAAACACAUUAAAAAAUAAAGAAACAGCAUUUAGUGAAAUUAAAGUCGAAUUAGCACUUAAAUCAAAUCGUUUAAACGAAGUUGAGCAGCAACUUAAUGAAUUUAAACGUAAAAAUCAUCAACUGGAAGAAGAAAAAAAACAAAACACUUCAGAAAUAGACUUUGAACGCCGAAAAAGACAAAAGAUCAUGGAAGACCAGCACAAACACACAGGAGAAUUAGAAAACUUGAAAUGGGCCUUAAAAGAACAAGAAAAACAAAUUACAGACCUUGAAAGAAUCAACAAAGCGCUUGAACAAGAUGGAAAAAAAGCUAUUACAAAACUUGAAGAAGAACGUGACCGUUUAAAACAGAUGCUUGAUAAAAAAUUGUCUAAAGGGGAGGAAAUUCUUAAACGAAAUAAGCAACUAGAAACCGAACUCGAAUCUCACAAAAGAAAAGUAAAGCAAUUAGACGAGGGCCGAGUGGUCACAGAAGAAGAACUUCAGCAAACACGACAACAAUUUGAGACCAUACUUUCGUCCAAACUUUCUUUAACAGAAGGAAACGAAAAAUUAACAGAACAACUUUUCACUACUGAAAAAAAUCUUCAUGAAAUAGAAAAAGAACGUGGUAAUCUAUUACGAUUAAAUGAAGCUCUUGAAAGAGAAGUAAUAACUAUUAAAGAGGAAUCAACAAAACACAGAACAAAGCUAGCCGAAGCUCGUGAAAUUCAAGUACAACUAACCGAAGAACUACGAAAUCUUGAAGUUGAGCGAGAUGAGUUACGCGACGAAAUAUCGUCUUAUGAAUACGAAUUAGAAAAAGCUAGACAAACAUUUAGAACAGCCGUUGAAAAUGAAAAAUUCGAAAAACAUAAAAUGGAAGUAACAAAGCGACAGCAAAUGAAUGUAAUUGAUCUUCUACAACAACAAUUGGAUGCACCAAAAAAGAAAAAGAAAAAAACAGAACUCUUUUCACGGGAAGAACAACUGCAAAAGACAUUGCGCGUUGCCCUUGACGAAAAUGCUCGGCUUUCCAGAGAUAAAGUAGAGUUGGAACAAAAAAUUCGAAAUUUAAGUCGAUCAGUUCCACAAGUAACGACCGUAACAACAACAAAUUGCUUUGCUGGUCCCGAAAUGUCAACGCCAAAAACUCCAAAAACACCAAGAUGCCAAAAUAGAUCAAAACAAACGAGCGAAACACCAGGAGCACCACGAGCUAAUACGAUGGGUCGUCCCCAUCGCUUUGUAACUGGUCUCAAUUCAAGACCAGACAAAUGUGUUUUAUGUUUAGGUAAUGUGGAGUUUGUGAGGGAAGCUACAAAGUGUGAGGAAUGUUUGUCCGUCUGUCAUCCACUUUGCUCGCCAAAAAUGCCACCGAAUUGUGGAAUGAAGACCGAAUACAGACGGAUUUUUGAUGAUCUCUUCAAAGAAGUAACAGACCGUAAAGUUCGAAAUGUUGCUAAAUUGAAAAAAGUGAAAUCUGGUUGGAUAACAAUUUAUCGUCAGCGUAAAAAUGUUUGGGAAAAGAAAUGGAUGGUUCUUAAGGACAACGUAGUGUUUAUAUACAACUCGGACACUGUUGUUGAACCAUAUUGUGAAGAUAUUCCUCUUCGGGAUGGUAAAACGUUAAUGAGAGCUGCAGUUAACCCUGUCGAAUUGCCAAAUGUGUGCUUAACGGACCUACCACUCGUAUUUUCUAUCAGGAGAAACAAAACAUUGUAUAUCAAUCCUGGAAGUGUAACUGACAAACAUCAUUGGGUUGCAUAUCUUGAUGCUAUUAUGUUGAAUGAGAAAUCAGAUACAACAAUUUUCUCAAGUCUCUUGGUUUCGCAACAUCCGAACUAUAUUCAUGAAGCUUGUUGUAUUAAUAAUUCUGACUGUUUAAUGGCUACCGAUAAAGGACUUCACGUUCACAGUGACAUGUUGAAUAGUACAUUGACUGCUUUUGGACAAGUAUCAGCAGUUAGAUACAUAAGUCAAUUGAACACUAUUGUUUUAGUGGUUGGUGCAUCUCGGCGAGUGGCCAUUACAACGUACAAUGACGUUUUAAAUAUCACAUCCAACAAAAAGUCUUCCACAAACCUGCCUCUUGCAUAUUUAGAUGAUGCCGUAAAUUGUACGACCAUUGAAGUGGGAAUGUAUCGUAGAAACGUGUACUUAGCUGUUGCAACUGCUGAAAAUUUGAUGUUAUAUGGCUGGUCACCCAAGCUUGACUCAUUUACUUUGAUAAGAACUCUUUUAAUUCCAAAACCAGCUGGAUGUAUGAUGUUUUCAGACGAUCGCCUAAUUGUUGGUUCUGACAAAUUCUACACUCUGGAUUUGCAAAGCUUUAAAUUUCGAGAAUUCUUAAAUGAAAAGGAUUCAACGUUGGCAUUUGCAAUUUUUGGAGCAUCAAAAUUUUUAUCCUUUCCUCUCAGUGUGUUCCAAAUAAGCCCUAAUGAGUUAUUGGUAUGUUUCUCUGAUUUUGGAAUAUUCGUUGACCCUUCAGGAAAACGUACUCGUGAAGAAGAUUUGAACUGGCCUGGCGAACAACCUUUGAUGAUAGCCCAUAAUCAGCCUUAUUUAUUUUUAAUUUUAUCUGGAAGUGUUCAAGUUCUUUUAAUUCCAAAUCGAGGAGAACCUUAUGUAGCAAGUGGUUCAAUUCAGAUUCCGUCUCCAGUAUUCGUUGGAAAAGGUGUGGAAUCGGGAACGGUAAUGAUAACAGCGGAGAAAAAUAAAGGACUGGAUCUUUUACAAAUUAUGGCCGAUUUAGAAGAUAAUUACGAUUUUGCAAUUGACGAGACAGAAACUGAACGAGAAGAUGAGGUGUGCUUAAGAAAUCAAAGAAGAGAUGGCUCUGAGCCUAAUAGACAAAUGUCUUUGAAGCAACUGAAAGAAAUAUUCAUUUUCAGAUUGCCAGAAACUUCUAGUUUCGAUAAAAAUUUAUAUAUUGAUAACAAGAUCUCUGAGAAUAAGCCUCUGGAUUUUAUAAAUGAUAGUUCGAAUAAGAAAACAGAAGAGUAUAUGGUUGAAAAAGAGGACAUAAUUAAACGUGAUAUAUCCUAUGAACAUCCUAGUUUCAUUGUGGAAAGUGCUGAUUCAAAAAACGAAAAUUUUGAAGAUCUUGAAGGAAAAACUUCUCUUUCGAAAGAAAAUGUAAAUAACAAAUGUCCGUGCAACAAUGAAGAAUAUUUUGAAAAUUUAAUAAAGGCAGGUGAUCUCAAAAAUCUUGCAGAGAUUAACGAUAUCUGCCGAUGUUUCGACUUGGGAAGAAAAGUUGGUAUGGCAUCAGUUGCGAAUGGAAAUAUAUAUAAAGAUUACAAUUAUCGAUCGAAUAUGUCAUUUAAAUCCCUUCCAAGGUGUUCAGGACUUACCCAAGCGCAGAGAUUAUAUAGAGAUAAGAUAGGAUCAAUUCAACUCUUGAAAGAUGAAUGCUCUAAUCCUCGUAAAAUAGAUCAUCGUCAAUGUACAAAUAAGCCUUUUAAAAACUUCAUUGGCAAACCUGUUCUUGUAAAAUUGAAUCGAUAA